GUCCCUGGUGAACGGUUAGUCUGUAUCUGAAGCUGAAAUGAACAUUCGAAUUUUUUCGAUAGCUCUGCUGGCUACGCAGUUAGGAUGGGUGUAUGCCGCCAUUGACUGCAGUACACCCCAAAGAGAUUUAAUUAGAAACUUGGGUGAGUGCUGCAGGAAACCGAAACCGGAUCUGAGCGCCUUUAGUAGUCAAUGCCCCAAUCUGAACGAUCGCUUUAGAAUGUCUAAUUUGGAAAGAGUGGAGUGCUUGUUCAAUGCAUCCGGCGUUAUUAAAGAUGAGGAGCUACAGUUGGACAAUACUCGUAAAAUGGUUAACGCGAUCUAUCCAAAUGAUCCCGAGUUUGCCAAGGCUGUGGUCCUUAGUUUUGACAAAUGUCAGCCGGUUGUAAAGGCGCGUGCAGCUAAAAUUCGAUCAAGAAGACCUACCAUUGUGGCCCCUCAACCCAGCGUGGUAACUAGCAAAAUUUUUGUGAUUGGUUACAUGUCGUGUGCUGGACAACAACUACUUGUCAACUGCCCGUCCGCGUCCCGGAUGUCCUCGAACAAAUGUGAGAGAACCAGGGAAUUUAUGACAAACUGUAAACCAAUGAUAGGAACAGGUAAUAGCGGCUUCCACGGCGGUAGAUUGCGUUGGCGCACGUAAGAGAUACGUUAAUUUACUUAUGCUAUGAACCAUUAUAAGAUGAAAUAAAUGUAUGAUGACUAUAAAUGCA